GAUAGCUGCCGUUGAAUAGCGAAUUAAGAUGUCGGAUUCAAUGAACAUCACCAUGGAUUGGUCACCCGCCGAGACUCACCCAGGGGAUCCAAAUCACUUAAAAUCGGGCAACUCAAAAGAAGCCGGCGAUGUGGGAGAGGAGCGAGGCCGCAGCCUACAGAGAAAAGAGCAGUGUAAUGCAAAGAGGGGCCAGGAUGACAAAAAAACAGACAGAAGGCGCCUUCAUAACGUCGAUGAUGUCCAUGCCAUGCAACACAAGGAAGCCUCACCUACCUCUGUAUCAAAGCCCACAGCCAAGAGAAGCCGCGAUAAUGAAGAAGAUGACAUCACCUCAAAAAGCAAGCAAGACAGCCCUGUAGACCAGAGAGCUUCAAAAAGGAAAUGCGGCAACUCUGCCAAGGAUCGUAGGAUCCUGAGCAGUGCCUUCUUCGAGCUUGUCGAAAGAGGCGGAGGGGAAAUUCGAUACGACGUUAAGGAAGACCCGUGGGGGUUGUCCAAAAGGCGCAACGUCGCUAAAAGCUCUUGGGAAAUGAGCACAAAGCGAUUUGACGACGAAAUGUUCAUGCUCGGUGCAGCAAUGGUCGGUACUUCGUUGAAACAAUAGAGGCUGUGUCCCCUCGCUGUUGUGGGCUGGUUUUUCUUGGGUCUUAUAUACCUUGUAAUUUAAAUUGAAUAAUUAUGUUUUUUUUUCAAUGAAUGAUUUUAAGAUCCUGCACUACAUGAAGUGCGACUGGAACUCUCAUAGAUAAAAUGAAAUUGAGGAUGUUUUUGCAGUUUUGAAUAUGGCACUUGCCUUCUAAGCAGCA